CUGGCAUCUUAUCUCAUAUGCCUUCCCUCCUUCUUAAUCCGACGGCCCACCUUUCGUCUCCUUCUCCUUCUCUCACCCCAUAAAUUCCCCUACUUUCACUCCUCUGUUGCCGAGACACAAAACCAAACGAGAGACUGAGAAAGAGAGAGAGAGAGAGAGAGAGAGAGAGAGAGAACAGUGAGAAGAAGAAAAUAAAAAAGUUUUCUUGAAAAAAUGAAUACAUUGGGAUCUCCGCUUGAAGCUCUAGCUUUCAACUAUCUAAGCUAUGGGUUUUUAACGGCGGUUAACAAUGUCUGGACUUGGGUGGCCGUUCUAACGGCCGCCGUUAGUUUCUGGAGGAUCAAAACCUUGUCCCUCUCCGUGCCCUCCACGCCCCCACGCGCCAAAUUCCCAAAUGGGCCGUCGAAUUUGCCUGCCCAGCCGGCCCGGGCUAUCAUUUUGCCUCCGUCGGCGCCGGCUCAGCGCUUGCCAGCCAAGCCGCCGUCAACGCCGGCCAAAGCCGCUGCUGCGACGUCGUUUUCCGCUUGGGAACGGGAGUCGUCGUUGACCAAAGGGAAGUUCACGGCGUAUUUUGACGGUGAAGAUGAAAGUGACGGCAACGUUGGCCGCAUUGAGAAUAUUUAUAACCGUGACGACGAAAGCAACGGUGACGGUGACGUUUUGGCGUUAGGUUACGAGUGGUAUGAGAGUUGGGAGCGAGUGAUGCAAACCAAAACGGGGGACGCAUGGUGGUACCGUGGCCAGGACUUGACGGCGAUUAACGGCAACGUCGUUAGGUUGUGGAGUGGCGGUUGUAGACGGCGGAGCGCCACCGCAUUGGUGGCCGUAGGGCCCGUUAACGUUAGUACGUGGUAGUUGAGGUUAUUCCAAGGUAGAAAAAUAAUUGUAAAUAGCUUGAAUAUUGUACUGUAAUAAUUUGUACGUGGUAGACUCUCAAUUUCAAGCAAUUAAAUUCUAAAAUUUUGUAAUAUAACUAGAUUUAGUAAA